AUGUAUGGUCAGGAUCUGUAUCUCGAGCUCUCGAUUGCUAAUACAUUGAACCAGGUAAUUUACAUGGCCAUCGUAGGCCCUCUGAUGCUCGCUGCUGCCUUCGAAUGGGUUCUUUGGCUCGCUGCAUUCCUGUAUUGUUUGAUCAAAGUGUACAUCAAGGCUGAUCACUGGAGCAUCAAGGUCCUCGCUGUUGUGAUGAUUGUAUUGUUCACAUCGUUCAGACUGGCGUUUCUUCCUGUGAUGAUCGUGACACUACCUCUUCCCCUCGGGAUCUCACAAUACAUCCCAGCCAAUAUUGCCACGGUUUUUCAAUGGUUUGCUUUCUGGGCAUUCUCGGUUCUGCUCAUCGGUCCCUGGCUCUUCUGCGUAUAUGGGCUCGUGACGAAUCACCUCGGGAAGAAUAAACGGAUCAAGCAAGUUCUGGAUGAUCGGACUGCUCCAAAGACGGUCGUCGUCAUGCCCGUGUAUAAAGAAGACCCCGAGACCCUGAUCAAGGCUGUCGAAUCUGUGGUGGAUAGCGACUACCCAGCCUCGUGUGUUCAUAUCUUUCUUUCCUGGGAUGGCGACACAAUCGACGAGUCCUACCUUCGCGUGAUACACCACCUCGGGAUUCCCAUCUCACUCCGGAGCUACCCUCAAAGCAUUGAUGUGGUCUACAAGGGGGUCCGAAUCACGGUGUCACGUUUCAAACAUGGAGGUAAGAGACAUUGCCAGAAGCAGACUUUCAAGCUCAUUGAUCGAGUCUACAUGGACUACCUGAAGCUGCACGAUGAUCUUUUCGUUCUGUUCAUCGAUUCAGAUUGUAUUCUCGAUCAGUAUUGCUUGCAGAACUUCAUGUACGAUAUGGAGCUCAAACCUGGCAGCCCUCACAACAUGCUGGCAAUGACGGGCAUCAUAACCUCUACAACGACCAAAAAUUCACUUCUCACGAUUCUCCAGGACAUGGAAUAUAUUCACGGGCAACUCUUUGAGAGAUCGGUGGAAUCUGGAUGUGGUGCAGUGACCUGUCUGCCCGGGGCCCUGACUAUUCUCCGGUUUUCGGCCUUUCGAAAGAUGGCCAAAUAUUACUUUGCGGACAAGGCGGAACAGUGUGACGAUCUGUUCGACUACGGUAAAUGCCAUCUCGGGGAGGAUCGCUGGCUCACUCAUCUCUUCAUGAUCGGGGCCAAGAAGCCGUACCAGAUCCAGAUGUGUACCGGAGCGUUCUGCAAGACCGAGGCGGUCCAGACUUUCAAAAGCCUGAUGAAACAACGUCGGCGAUGGUUCCUGGGCUUCAUCACCAACGAAGCGUGCAUGCUGACCGAUGUGCGACUCUGGGCUCGAUAUCCAUUAUUGUGUAUUGUACGCUUCAUGCAAAACACAAUCCGCACCACCGCGCUCUUGUUCUUCAUCAUUGCGAUUGCUCUCAUCACGACUUCCAAGAAAGUGGACGAUCUUCCAGUCGGUUUCAUUGGGGUGUCGGUGGGACUGAACUACUUGCUGAUGUUUUACUUUGGCCUGCAGCUGAAGCGCUUUAAGACCUGGCUGUAUCCGCUAAUGUUUGUUGUGAACCCUUUCUUCAACUGGCUGUAUAUGGUGUACGGCAUCUUCACUGCUGGUCAACGGACUUGGGGUGGCCCCCGAGCUGAUGCGGCCGCCGCAGACACCCAUACAACCCCAGCUCAGGCGGUAGAGAAGGCUCGAGCCCAAGGUGAUGAGUUGAAUGUGGAUGUUGACACUUUCCGGGCAGGGACCGUCCGCCGUCGAUCGGUUCCUGUGCGGCCCUCUGUGAAAGUAGAGGGUCGAUUUGCUCCCGCGGAGCACAUGGCGGAUGGUGGUUAUGGGCAGACUCAACAGCACAUGCCGGGUACGAUCCAGACGGACGGCCCCUUACCUCAGGUUCCCCGAAUCCAUUACCCAGGUCACUUCCACUACUCGUCCGAUUCUCUCGUCAGUGGGUGCUCUGAUUGUGGUUCACAUACCGUGUCUUUACCGCACCAUGUCGAGACCUUAAUGAGCGAAGAGGACCAUCGAAAGCUAUACUAUGCUCAACGGGCCGCAGGGUCACUCGGCAUGGCGAGCUUGGGGAACAGAUCCGAGGGCCAUCUUCCAAACCCUGUGGCACGCCCGCCACGAGGGACUGUCGCCGAAGCCUGGGAUACCGAAUCUGCCUCGCCCAGUCGGAUCACCUAG